AAGAAAAAAAGGGGAAGAAUGUCACGAGCCUUUGACCCAAAGAGCGCAGUUGGAAGCUUCCAAGCUCGGCCCAAAGGAGGCUCCUUUCCUUUCUCCCCCAAAUCACCCUCUCUUCUCUUCCCACCUCUAUAUAAAUAGAAGCAGCACGCCGCGAGCGCUAAAAAGGGCAAAAUCGAAACCCUUCUGACCCCUCUUCGCCCCGGUUUCACGAUCGAGUCAUCAAUCCCACUGCUUUUCGGCNCCAAAGCGAUCUGAUCUGCUGUAACUACCCGAAUACUCAGACUAGAUUUUUGAGUUUUAUGUUCUCGGAAACAAGAAGAUAGCUUUAUUAUUAGGGUUUUGUUUUCUGGGUUCUAAUGGUCUGUAAGAGAUAAAUUAGGGGAGCUGCAUUUUGGUGAUUGUUUGAAAAUUGGAAGUCAGAAUGCCAUCUUAUCAGCAGUAUUCUCGAGUUGAUACUAUGGAGCUAAAAUCUCAGCUUUUUAAGAAGAUUGGGCGGCAAAAAGCCGAGAAGUACUUCUAUAAUCUGAAAAGAUUGCUCAAUUUGAAGCUUAGCAAGUUGGAAUUUGACAAGUUGUGCUAUAGUACUGUUGGGAAGGAAAAUAUUGCUCUUCAUAAUAUGCUCAUCCGCUCUAUCCUUGGCAAUGCUUGUCUUGCUCUUGGCCCGCCAAGCAAAGAGACAGUCACAGGGAACUCACGGACUAGCAAAUUGUCAAGCUUUGGAGACACAUUCCCAACAUCCCCUCGAAGGGGAAGGUCUAUAAGCAGCAGGGAUCGGAGAUGCAGUGACCGUCCGAGCCCCCUUGGACCUUAUGGAAAGAUGCCUCCUGGGCAUAUGCAAGAAGUCACUAAUUCAUGUGACUUGCAGAGGUCACGAGAGCAGCAAAGUGCUCCAGAGUUGAUAUCUAUUGGUAGUAAGGCUUUGUUAGAAGUUGCAUCUGUGGAAGAUGGAGAAGAGGUUGAACAAGUGAGAGCUAGUCCAAGUGUUCAAAGCAGAAGCCCUGUAAGGGCUCCUCUGGGCAUUCCAAGGACUGCUUGCGCUCUUCCCCGUAAGACAUUUCGUAGUGGUUCUGUGCGUGGCUUUCAUCUUUCGAAGUCAUAUGUUCCUGAGUCUUGUCGUGGCAGUUCUGAACUGCCUGAUACAAGGUCCUUAAAAAAGCAGUUGGAGCAUAAAUUGGAACUUGAAGGCCUUGGUUUAUCAGUGGACUGUACUAAUUUGUUGAACAACGGGUUGGAUGCAUUUCUGAAGAGGUUGAUCAAACCCUGUAUGGACUUAGCUAGAGGCAGGUGCAGCAAUAGGAGGAUAGGUCGAGCAAAUGGGAGGAUUUUUCCUGGUAUAAAUGGUGUUUGGCAAGAGAAGAAAGUGCAAGGGUCAAACACAUGUUAUUAUGCUUCAUUACUAGAUUUUCAGGUGGCAAUGGAAUUGAAUCCUCGGUUGCUUGGUGUUGAUUGGCCUGUACAGCUUGAGAAGACAUGCUUUCGUCUCUGGGAAGAAUGAAACAUAGCUUGAACACAAUUUCAGUCUCACUGUUGCAUUGACAUCAACUCUGCAAGUCCCAUGUAAAAGAUCCCUCAUGGGCCUUUCAUACAAUUGAAGCAACAGAGUUCAUCAUUAGCAUGCAAAUUACCGAAAAUACAUGAGUAGAAAACUGCAGAGUUUACUCACAGGUUACAAAAAUUCAUUAUGCCUGCCAUGGUGAAUAAAUGCCAUAUGCCUUCCCUAUCGAUCAAAGUGACAGAUAGGUGUCACUAUUGAAGCCUCCAUUUUAUUUUUGUGAUGGGUCCAUGUCCUGCCCAUUGAAUGUAAACCUUUCGACCCAAUUUAUAUUACUUUCCAGUUUAUGAAAUCGAUAUGGCUUUAAAUCUUCUGAUGUAUACCUUUUAUCUUUAUGUUUCUUGUAAAUAAAGUGUUAGCUGAUUUUGCAACUA